AUGAUUGACUACUUCAUGAAGGCCAGCUCUCUGCUCAACUGUAAGAUGGGCUUCAUCCACACCUUCACAGAGAACACCUACGUCAAGCCCACCUUCUGUGAACACUGCGCUGGCUUUGUGAGUAUCUUAUCCACUGGUCAGUUUGACCAUCCAUCCUCCCUCUAAAGUACAAUGCAGACCCUUACAGACCAAUUACCACAAUGUCUUAAAAUAGAUUAUUUGAAUCGCAAAAGAGACCCGUGGUCAAAAAAAAUGCUACGACUUUUGUGUAGGUUCCUAUUCCCGUACCAUUCCCUACUGUCUUCAAUGCAUUUUUAAAUGCAUGGAUUGAUUAAAUUGAUUGGUGAAAGGGCCCUUUGGACAGAAUGGCAUUGAUGACCAGUGGCCACGUCCUGUCACUCUGAGUACGCUGACAUGUUUUGUUAAAGUUCCAGACAAAUACAUAAAUUACAACAUUUGCACGGUAACCACAUUAUUAUUCUGUAUUAAUAUUGGGUCUGAUCUAGAGGCCAUGCCAGUUAUUUUGAGAUAUAGUACUGGGAUAGUGAGGUAGUGAGGUUUCUCAUGUGAGGAGAAAGAGGAGAGUGGUGUCUGAGUGCUUCAGAGGAACUCACACAAGGCCAGUGAGUCAGCAGGGGCUGUAAUGAGAGCCAGAGUGAUGGCUUUAUACUGAGGUGACUGGGUGACCGCUCCUGAAACCACUAACAGGUGCACAGACAGAGAUAGAUGAGGUGCAGCACAUCGACAAACACACACACACACACACACAGCGACUGACUCAUACACUCUUUCUCUCUAAAAGAAAACUAACACACACCCUCACACACCCUCACACACCCUCACACUUACCCCACCCCCACCCCACCCCCACCCUCCACACACACUGAUGAUUCACACAAGGGGCGCUAAGUGGAAUUUCCAUGCCCUUCUGAGAAAAUGUUUAUAAAACAUGAAACCGAGGGAGGAAGAAAAGAUGAGCUCUGUAACAUUGUGUGGCAGAGCGACACGGCCAUCAGCUACUUCCUGUCUGCCUGCUUUCCUGUUGGCUUUUGGCUUCUGGCUUCGGGUCAAACAUAAUAUUUCAGCUUCCCAUUUUUCUGCACUGAAAAAACAAGCCACCCCACCACCAUUAUGGAAUUCAGUGGCUAGGACAUAUCUUCAUAAUCCAACAUUGUUUUAAUGUAUCUCUUCUGACAACCCUUGCUGUAGUCUUAUCACAUACUUACUGCAGCUUCCUAUGAAUGGGUCUCGGUACUCACUGUGUAGUUCAACGCUGGGAGAUAGAUAGAUGAUGCAAUCCCAACUGGCACCAUAUUCCCUAUAUUUGACCAGGACCAGUGCGUUAAAUAGGGAACAGGGUGCCAUUUGGUAUGUAGCCAGGGAGGGAGAGAGUGUUGUAAUGCUGUAGGGUCUAAGGCAGGGCUGCCCAAACCUCUUCCUGGAGAUCUACUGUCCUGUAGGUUUUCAGUCCAACCCUCUUUCCUGGAGAUCUACUGUCCUGUAGGUUUUCAGUCCAACCCUCUUUCUGGAGAUCUACUGUCCUGUAGGUUUUCAGUCCAACCCUCUUUCUGGAGAUCUACUGUCCUGUAGGUUUUCAGUCCAACCCUCUUUCUGGAGAUCUACUGUCCUGUAGGUUUUCAGUCCAACCCUCUUUCUGGAGAUCUACUGUCCUGUAAGUUUUCAGUCCAACCCUCUUUCUGGAAAUCUACUGUCCUGUAGGUUUUCAGUCCAACCCUCUUCCUGGAGAUCUACUGUCCUGUAGGUUUUCAGUCCAACCCUCUUCCUGGAGAUCUACUGUCCUGUAGGUUUUCAGUCCAACCCUCUUCCUGGAGAUCUACUGUCCUGUAGGUUUUCAGUCCAACCCUCUUCCUGGAGAUCUACUGUCCUGUAGGUUUUCAGUCCAAACCUCUUCCUGGAGAUCUACUGUCCUGUAGGUUUUCAGUCCAACCCUCUUCCUGGAGAUCUACUGUCCUGUAGGUUUUCAGUCCAACCCUCCUUCCUGGAGAUCUACUGUCCUGUAGGUUUUCAGUCCAACCCUAAUUUAGCAUAUCUGAUUCAGCUAGUUAAGGUCUUGUUGAGUAGCUAAUAAGUAGAAUCAGGUGUGUUAAAUUAGUAGAUCUCCAGGAAGAGGGUUGGGCAGCCCUGGUCUAAGGCUAUAGACUAAACAAGGGGCCAGCUGUAAGGAUUGGUGUUUAGUUCUCUAUAAAUCCAUGUCUGUGGAUAUGUGACGUAGCCCUUGUUCUUGGUGUCUGACUGGUGGGAGGUUUUUAUGUACUGUUGGUCUAGUUUAGGAAAGAAAAUGUAUACUCUUUGAAGCCAUGUUUGGUCAGUGUUUUGGUGGCAUUGAGGCUCGUUUGUGUCCGUUUGUCCCUGCUGUGUGUGAGUUCGUCCGUGUGUGUUUAUGUGUCCUGUGUGUGUGUGUGUUGUGUUUGUGUGUGGGGUCAGGGUAUUUUCUCUGUCCUCAGAUCUCUGGUUUGGCUGUGAUCUCCUGGACCGGUCUUUCAUGUCAUUGUUCCCCUGCGGUGGGCUCCUAUCAUCUGCUUGAUCUCACUCUCCCACCACCUCCUCCUCAUCCCUGUCUCUCCUCCACACCUCUCUCUCUUUCUACCUCGCUUUCUCUUUCUAUCUCACUCUUCCUAUCAGUAGCUAGGUUUCCAUCCAAUUGGCGACAGAUUUUCAUGCGAAUAUUCAAAAAAUCUAAGAAUAUUCAAAAAACUCUGCAUAAUUAUUUUUCUUCACACCAGAGAAGUGUUUCCAUCAAAUUGACUUGUUGCGGAUAAAAGGCUGAGUGUGAUGACGUAGUGCACAUAAAAUAACUUUUGUGGUUAAAUUCCCAUGUAUCGAAUAAAAGAAUAUACAGGUUAAAUGAGUUUCCAUCACAUUUUCAACUCUACUGACGGUUUUGUCACAAAACAUUUUGCGUUUUAUAGCGAAUGUGCCCACUCUGGUCAUGGCACGUGCGCUCUAGCCAACAGCUGGCAGAUACAGUGCGGGUAUAGCCUACAUGAUGAGAUUAUUAUGGACAAAAAAAGCCGUUGUCUUUACGGCAGCCAAUCGAUGAUCGUGUCACCAAAAUAAGACCCUUGAUAUUUAUUGGAAAGGAGCAUCAAGCUCAUCACCUUGCACUUUCACCGUCCUGUGAAGUUCAUCAUAACUUAUUUAAUCUGUAGCCUGAUAAACUGCAUGCUUUCCUCAAUCGUAGUGGGAGGACCACACAAUAUCAUCACGUGACUCGAAGUUUACUUUGAUGUGAUUAUUAUUAUAUAAAUAUUUUUGUGCAUAAAGGUGUUUCCAACAUAAUACAUUUUACUGACACAAAAACAUCUCGCCUUGUGUAGCGUAUUUUGUUUUGUCGACAUUUGGAAAGUUUACCGACAAUUUAGCUGUUGCCAACAGACCUGUCGUGACCUUUUUCAUCCGACAUGUACUUCACUCGCAGAAAAAGGUUGGAUGGAAACCUGGCUACUCUCUCUCUCUCUCUCUCUCUCUCUCUCUCUCUCUCUACCUCUCUACCUCUCUACCUCUCUACCUCUCUACCUCUCUACCUCUCUACCUCUCUCUCUCUCUCUCUCUCUCUCUCUCUCUCUCUCACUUGUUCCUCUGUGAGAGACAGUCUAUUUUUCCAGCUGUCACUCUUUGUUUCUCCCUCUCUUUCUAUCUCGCUCUCUCUCCCCACAGCCACCUGCUCCUCCUCCACAUUUUUGCAUUUUCUCUCUCUCGCUCUCUGCGCCUCUUUCUUCUCUCUCUCUCUCUUUCUUCUCUCUCUAAUCCUUGUUACUCUGCCUUCAUCUGUCACUACCCCCACCCUCAUGAGAAAUAAGUGACAAAGUACUUCUCUCUCUCUACUCCCCCCCCACCCCCCCCCACCCUCUAGAUAUGGGGCUUCUACAAACAGGGAUACAAGUGUAAAGGUAAGAGAAUCAAUACAUUUAUCUAACUUGAAUAGUUCAAAUAGCCCCAACAUGUCUAUGAAAUAAAAUAAAUUAUGAAUUCUGCCACACGUGGCGUCAUUGAAUAUUAAUUCUGCCACACGUGGCGUCAUUGAAUUACCAAUUCCCUUUGUCAUCAUCGAUUGCAAACAAUGGUCACUCGAACCAAAGGUGGCUUUGAGCUUAAUGUCAACAGCAUGGAAACCAUGGCAAAUAUAUCAGAGUACAUUACAUUAUCCGCUUACAGGGCUCACUAUGUCAGCACUUGAACAGAGCACGAAGGAUCAUAAUAAAAAGUGUUGACAUUGGGUAUCCAGUAUGAGGAUAAUGCAAUGUAGUCUGACCAUGUGUUGACAUUGGGUAUCCAGUAUGAGGAUAAUGCAAUGUAGUCUGACCAUGUGUUGACAUUGGGUAUCCAGUAUGAGGAUAAUGCAAUGUAGUCUGACCAUGUGUUGACAUUGGGUAUCCAGUAUGAGGAUAAUGCAAUGUAGUCUGACCAUGUGUUGACAUUGGGUAUCCAGUAUGAGGAUAAUGCAAUGUAGUCUGACCAUGUGUUGACAUUGGGUAUCCAGUAUGAGGAUAAUGCAAUGUAGUCUGACCAUGUGUUGACAUUGGGUAUCCAGUAUAAGGAUAAUGCAAUGUAGUCUGACCAUGUGUUGACAUUGGGUAUCCAGUAUGAGGAUAAUGCAAUGUAGUCUGACCAUGUGUUGACAUUGGGUAUCCAGUAUGAGGAUAAUGCAAUGUAGUCUGACCAUGUGUUGACAUUGGGUAUCCUGUAUGAGGAUAAUGCAAUGUAGUCUGACCAUGUGUUGACAUUGGGUAUCCAGUAUGAGGAUAAUGCAAUGUAGUCUGACCAUGUGUUGACAUUGGGUAUCCUGUAUGAAGAUAAUGCAAUGUAGUCUGACCAUGUGUUGACAUUGGCUAUCCAGUUUGAGGAUAAUGCAAUGUAGUCUGACCAUGUGAUGACAUUAGGUAUCCUGUAUGAGGAUAAUGCAAUGUAGUCUGACCAUGUGAACCUGAACAGAAAACACUCCUAGCCCUAACAAUUCCCUUCAUUUCCCUGAAAAUAUCUACAGACAGAUCUUCAUGACAAAUUAUUAACUGUCUCCCUCAUCCGCUCAAAGUCACACGGCAGACUUCCACUAGCUCCAACCCACAUUAGCAUACACCUGAACUCUGUCUGUACUACACUCAAUAGACUGUGUCUGUGUCUCAGGCUGCAUCCCAAAUGGCACCUUAUUCCCUAUGUAGUGCACUACUUUUGGCCAGAGCGCUAUGGGCCCUGGUCGAAAGUAGUGCUCUUCGUAGGGAAUAAGGUAUUUGGUAUUUUAUUAGGGUCCCCAUUAGCUGUUGCAAAAGCAGCAGCUGCUCUUCCUGGGGUCCACACAAAACAUGAAACAUGACAUAAUACAGAAUGUUAAUAGACAAGGACAGCUCAAGGACAGAAUUACAUACAUUUAAAAAAAAAAGGUACACGUAGCCUACAUAUCAAUAGGGUGCCAUUUGGGAUGCAGUUUCAGUCUGAAUCUGGGUGUGAGUGUACUAGGCUGCUCUACUCUGCUGAGGGCCUUAAUGAGAUGUGUGGGAGUCAAUGAGAAGUCCCAGCCAUUCAUUUCCAUUGUUAGCCGCAGUCACCGAGUGGGAGAGAAUAUGGCGGCGGAUAAUUGAAAUGAAUUGGCGCUGAUCAGAAGUGACUAAUGUCUGACUGUGUGUGUGUGUGUGUGACAGAGAGAGAGUGAGUGUGUGGAGUCUCAAUCAGUCUGGAUGGUAAAUGGGAGAGAAAACAUUUGUUGAAACUAACUUUCGCUGAUGUUUUACUGAGAGCGAAAUGUGUUUCGAGUGAGUGUGUGAAUGAGUGAGUAUAAGUGUGUGUGUCUAGGUAUGUGUUUCAUUACUCUGAAUUUCUCUCACUGCCACCCUGGAUGUCCCCACUCCCCCUUUCUAUCUGCUCCUAGAGUGUCCUUUGUUGUCAGAACUGUUGUCAGGGUCUGUCUGCAUGGCGGUGUGUGUGUGUGUGUGUCAGUGUGUGUGUGUGUAUCUGCAUGUUGUGUAAGAGCACCUACCUCUCACCACUCACUCUUCCCUUAACCCCAGUGGUUCUAUUUGCACCCCUCCUUCCCUCUAUCAACCUUUCCCUCUCUCUCCUCCCCAUCCCCUAUCUCUCUACCCUCCUCGACCUUGCACACUUCCUCUCCAACUCUCUCGACCCCUUACUCCCCAUCUCAUCCGCCAUUCUUCCCUCGUUCCCUAUCAUCUUUUCCUCCUCUCUCUCCCUCUCUCUUACCCUCCUACUCCCCCUCCUUGGAAUUCUUCUCACCCUCUCUUUCAUCCUCUCUCCCUCCCUCUCUUUCCCCUUCACUCCCUCCGUCUCUCCCUCCCUCGGACAGCGUGUGGAAUUAAUUGUCACAAGGCAUGUCGAGGUCGUCUUGCUGUGGAGUGUCGUAAACGGACCAAGAGCAUCAGCCAUGAGCAUGCCCCCUCCCUUCAGGCCCGCUCCUACAGCUUCCCCCCUCCGGCCAACACCCCACCCAGCCUACAGAACACAGGUGAGAUCUGGUUUCACUAAUACUAUGGCAUAUCUGACCACGAUUCUUCAGAUUUGGUGUCACUCAAAAACAGGUCUCCCAUAAUGCACCUGGCACAAAUGCCUAGUAAAUCAGGUCCAAAAUCUCAUUUGAAAACAGGUCCACCAUUAGCAUGUAGUUCAAAUGAAUGAUUGGGUCGUUGUUAGUUUUGUUCGAUGAUCCCUUUCAUUCAUUCUAUCAUGCUCCCUAUUCAAAGCGUCUGUGAUUCCAUUGCUGUGUGUUCUGUCUCUCCACAAAUAGUUCUGACACGCAGACAAAGACAUUUGGGGCAUUCUUACCAGCCUGUGAUUUGCAAUGGAAAUGUGACAAAAAUCACAGCAACGUGA